AUGGCGGAGGCAGCGAAGGACGCGGCGGCGAAGGAGGCGGCCGACGUGGCCAAGGAGGACUCAACCGCCAAGGAGGGCAAGGACGCGCCGACCAUCGACAUAAACGAGAUCCGCGUCACUGCGCAGGGCAAGAUGAGGAACUACGUCACGUACGCGGCGUCUCUGUUCACGGACAAGAACCAGACCACGGUCGUGCUGAAGGGGAUGGGGCGAGUCAUCAACAAGACCGUCUCGCUGGCCGAGAUCCUCAAGCGUCGCGUGAAGGGCCUGUACCAGCUGACGGAGAUCGGCUCCGUGGAGGUCACGGACACGACGCCCGCCCAGGAGGAGGACGGCGAGCCCACAGAGACCACCCGCCUGCUGUCCGUCAUCUCCAUUGUGCUGACAACGACGCCCCCCGACGACACCUCUAAGUACCAGACGCCCCUGCCCGACACGGAGGUGGAGCCCCUGAAGAAGGUGCCCGCGCGCCGCGGCCGCGGGAGGGGGGCAUCCAGAGCCAGGGUGGCUAACGGCAGGGAGACCCAUGACGCCGGCCACGACGAAGCCGAGCCCACCGGAGGGCCCGGGCGCCGAGGCAGGCGCAUGGUCCGCGGCGGCCGCGGGGCACGCGGGCGCGGCCGCGGGAGGGGCCGUGGUCGCGGGCGCGGCCCCGCGAAGGGGGAGGCCGCCGGCGAAGACCACCCGGCGACAACCGCGGCGCCAGCGGCCACGGAAGCCACCGCCUGA